CGCCUCCUCCCCCCGCCACACCCCAUGUUAGAGAAGAACCCGAGGAAGGGUCACCCACUUUAGUGUAAGCUGUCUCUUAGGACCCUCGUCCAACCUGGAUGUCAGCAUCCUUCUCCACCAGACGGGACAGAGCUGACCAGAACCUCCUAGACUUGCAGUUCUCUUCCUGGACAAUCAGGACAUCAGCAGGUGCUGUCAUGGCCUCCAAGCCAGAGAAGAGGGUGGCCUCGUCGGUUUUCAUCACCCUGGCACCCCCUCGCCGUGACACGGCUGUGACUGAGGAAGUGCGCCAAGCAGCCUGUGAGGCCCGACAUACCCUUCCCUGGGAGACCCCUGCCCCCCCAAAGACGCCCGGGGCUGGCUCAGCUGGGAGCCUCAACCGCAGGAGUCCCUCCGGCGGGGCUGCAGGCUCAGUUCCAGUUGUCUCCUCCCAGCUCUCCAACGGAGAAUGCGCUCCCCCACCGCCUCCCCUGAAUGAUGAGGACACCCUUGCAGACCUGGAGCUCCUCCCGCCGCCACCUCCUCCGUCACCCCCUCCAGCCUUCCUGCCUCCCCCGGAUGAGGAGCCCACUAUCCCAAAGGGGGUGUCGUCACUCAUUUCGGACUUGGAGCAGCUGCACCUGCCCCCUCCACCACCCCCACCACAGGGUCUGUCAAAGGGACCUGUCCAUCCUCAGUCCAGCCACCUCAGAUCUUCAGAAGAGGAGCUGCCUCCUCCACCAGAAGAGCCUGCCACCUUUGCCAAAAGAGAGGCAUCCACAGAUGUCUGUGGCUUCUGUCACAAGCCAGUAUCUCCCCAAGAGCUGGCUGUGGAAGCCAUGAAAAGGCAGUACCAUGCCCAGUGCUUCACCUGUCGUACCUGCCGCCGCCAGCUGGCUGGACAGAGAUUCUACCAGAAGGAGGGGCGGCCCCUCUGUGAAGUCUGCUACCAGGCUACCCUGGAGAAGUGUGGCAAGUGCGGAGAGGUGGUGCAGGACCACAUCAUCCGGGCACUGGGCCAGGUCUUCCACCCACCUUGCUUCACGUGUGUGGCCUGUGCCCGCUGCAUCGGGGAUGAGAGCUUUGCCCUGGACAACCAGAACCAGGUGUACUGCGAGGCUGACUUCUACAGGAAAUUCGCCCCGGUGUGCAGCAUCUGUGAGACUCCCAUCAUCCCCCGGGACGGGAAGGAUGCCUUCAAAAUCGAGUGCAUGGGAAGAAACUUCCAUGAAAACUGCUACCGAUGCGAGGACUGCAGCGUCCUCCUGUCUGUGGAGCCCACGGAUGAAGGCUGUUACCCCCUGAACGACCACCUCUUCUGCAAGCCCUGUCACGUGAAGCGGAGUGCAGCAGGGUGCUGCUGAGGCCCUGCCACGGCUCCUCCCUGACUCAGUUUCCCUUCCUGCCCUGCUUGUGCCCACCUUUCUUAGCCUCUCUGGGGACCAACAGGCAGCUCAGCCCUGCAGAUCUGGGAAGCAGAGUCCCGAGCCCCCGUGGCAUGGCCUCUCCCGGUGCAGACAUGGGUUGUAAUGCACAGUGUCCUCCAGGCUUUUGGCUCCUCCUUCCCGGCCACCUGCAGGCUCCUCACAUCCCACUUUGCCAAUGGCCCCUCUGCAGUGCUGGCCCUGACCUGCUAGAUGACGCCUGAGCCCCUGACCCUGACCCUUAGCUGUGUAGCAGACAGUGCUGAGACCACUUUAGCAUGGGGGGGGGGUACUGAGCUGUUUGAAGAAAAACUCCUAGAUCCUGCUUAAAAAAAAAAAAAAUGCUUUGUGAAAACUGUGAAAUCGAAAUAAGAAACUUUGUUCUUUGGAUCUG